AUGAGCCAUUCCACGGAGUCGACUGCCACCGCGGCCGAGCGCGCAUCAUCGACAGAUACGUUCGCACUCACAGAACGGCCACUAAUUGAGCUAGAACAGAUGGACUUUGAUGUUCCACAUCCGAGUAUCGAGCAUACUUGCACUGAGGUGCAGAAAACAGCGUCCUUAGUCGAUAAAGCCCCUAUCUCUGCCGACAACGGUAUCAAUAUCAAGGAAGACGGCAUAGCCUUUGAUGCUCCUCCUAUCGGCGACAUCGUCGCUUUUGAGAAGCCUUCCGACAAGAUAUUCUUUUUCAAACGAAUGCGUAACGGCCAUCCCCGCCUUGAUGUUCUUCUCCAGGUUGGCUCAGGCCGCCUCCAGCCUAACGCAAGCGAUGAGGCUGAAUAUGCUGUAUGGGAAGCCAGCGAAAACCUUUAUAUCUACCGAACAGCUGGUCCUGAUAUUAAAGUCCUCCAAUCUAUGGGCAGUGUCGAGUAUACAGCCGAUAAGAGCUCAAGGUCGGAUACCAAGCGCAGCUUCAGUGGAAAGACUGUUGGGUUUUCAAGUACGCGUACUCAAGCUGGCCAUUAG